AUGUCCAACACUAUAGCCUUGCACGUUGCUCUAUAUCCGCUCUCUAACUUCACGUUCAGUACCAAGGAUGCCCAACCGGAGGAGGAUCCGUCGGUCUCGGCGCGUUUACAGCGUCUGCAGAACAAUUAUGAAGAUUUCGGCAUGCGGCGGACGGUAGAGGGAAUCCUCGUUGUGCACGACCAUGGGCACCCGCACAUACUCAUGCUACAAAUCGCGAAUGCCUUCUUCAAACUACCUGGUGACUACCUGCUUCCCGGAGAGGACGAAAUCAGUGGGAUGAAAAAACGUCUGGAUGACCGCCUCGCAGCACCGCCAUCCUUGGGGCUCGACGACGGUGCCGAAUGGGAAAUCGGAGAUUGUCUCGCGCAAUGGUGGAGACCCAACUUUGAAACGUUCAUGGCUUACGCUGCUCCAGUACCCGUUCGUACCAGCCCACAUCACCAAGCCGAAAGAGUGCAAGAAACUCUUUCUGGUGCACAUGCCCGAGAAGAGUGGGUUCCCCGGAAGCUCCUCACCCGACAGCUAGCUGACGCCAUCACAGAGGUCCUUGCUGUUCCCAAAAACAUGAAGCUUCUUGCUAUCCCGUUGUUCGAGCUGUACGACAAUGCUGCACGGUAUGGACCCCAGCUUUCCGCCAUUCCGCACCUUCUUUCGAGGUACAAUUUCAUUUAUCAAUGA